AUGUGGCGGCGCGGCGCGGCCUGGGCGUGGGGCCGGCGGGGCGCGGGCAGGGCCGUCCCGGGCCCCUCGGCGGGCGCGCCCCGCGCCGCCGCCGACCAUAAACAUCUGAUAAAAAAAGAUGCUGGAAAGAGAAUUAUCUGUAUUGAGGGCAACAUUGCCAGUGGAAAAACAACAUGCCUGGAUUAUUUUGCACAAACUACCAGCAUUGAGGUUUUGAAGGAACCGUUGACCAAGUGGAGAAAUGUUCGGGGUCAUAAUAUCCUGGGCUUAAUGUACCAGGAUGCAUCCAGGUGGGGGAUAACUCUGCAGACCUAUGUCCAGCUGACCAUGCUGGAGCAGCACACUAGGCCCAUGAUUUCCCCCAUAAGGAUGAUGGAGCGGUCGAUUCACAGUGCAAAACAUGUUUUUGUGGAAAACCUCUAUCGAAGGGGCCUUGAGGGACAAAUCCAGUUUGUGCCACAGGGUGUCAUCCAUGCUGCACGAGCACCUCUUUGCCACGGGAAAGCCUUUGGAAGUUAUUAUUCAUCCCAGUCCUCACACAGUGCAAGUGGAAAAAUGCCAGAGGUGGAUUAUGCUGUCCUAAGUGAGUGGUUUGACUGGAUCCAGAACAACACUGAUGUUUCAGUUGAUUUGAUAGUUUAUUUGCAGACAUCUCCUAAAGUUUGUUAUGAGAGGCUAAAGACACGGUGCAGGGAAGAGGAAAAAGUCAUUCCUCUGGAAUAUUUAGAAGCUAUUCAUGAGCUCUAUGAAGAGUGGCUCAUUAAACGUGCACUGUUUGAAGUUUCCUGCCCAGUACUUGUUAUUGGAGCUGACCAUGACAUGCAGAAAAUGGUAGAGAAGUAUGAAGAAAACCGGGACCAAAUACUGAACCCAGCUAACAGACAACGCUGUUUAUAGAAGCCUGUGACUGUUGUAUCAGAAAUCAUCUACUGAAGUCUGAGUUAGUAUUUUAAAUAUUUAAACAUAAUGGGUAUUGUUUUUGCACUAUGCUUUGUAGAACACUGGACUUACAGCUCUGAAAUGAUCAGAUACCAAUCAGGAACAGAAUGGGAACCAAUUCCCUUUGUGUUUUUAGGUUUUCCUUCAGCUUUACUGUGUCAGUUCUAUUCAACUAAAAUAUGGCUGUUUCCCUCAUUUCCCACUUCACUGCUGCUUCCUAGAAGUGACUUUAUUAUUUUUUUUUCCCCAAAGACAACCCUGUUUUUGUAAUUUGAAAUAAACAGUUUAUUACAACAUCCCU